AAGAGUUCCGUCUGGGGAGGCGGCAUGGCGGUGAGGUUGCGCCGGGUCUGUCGGGAGGUGCUGCUGGAGCCCCGCUACACGCCGCUGGUGGCCGCCUGCCUGUGCCUGGCGGAGGGCGGCGUCAACCUGUGGGUGAUCCGCAGGGUGCCCUACACCGAGAUCGACUGGCAGGCAUACAUGCAGGAGGUGGAGGGCUUCGCCAACGGCACCCGCGACUACACGCAACUGCGGGGCGACACCGGGCCGCUGGUUUACCCCGCCGGCUUUGUGUACCUCUUCCUGGGGCUGUACUACGCCACGGGCCGCGGGGCCGACAUCCGCCUGGCGCAGCACAUCUUCGCCGGGCUCUACCUGCUCAACCUGCUGCUCGUCUUCCGCAUCUACUGCCGCACCUGCAAGGUCCCCCCGUACGUCUUCUUCUUUAUGUGCUGCGCCUCCUACCGCAUCCACUCCAUCUUCGUCUUGCGGCUCUUCAACGAUCCCGUGGCCAUGGCCAUCCUCUUCCUCGCUAUCAACUUCUUUCUGGAGGACCGCUGGUCCUGGGGCUGCCUGCUGUUCAGCCUGGCUGUGUCAGUGAAGAUGAAUAUCCUCCUCUUCGCACCCGGGCUGCUCUUUCUCCUCCUACAGCGUUUUGGCCUCUUGGGCUGCAUCCCCAAGCUCUGCAUCUGUGCUGUGCUCCAGGUGGCCCUAGGGCUGCCCUUCCUGCUGGAGAAUCCCGUGGGGUACCUGACACGCUCCUUCGACCUGGGCCGUCAGUUCCAGUUCAAGUGGACAGUGAACUGGCGCUUCCUCCCAGAGGAGGUGUUCCAGCACCGAGCUUUCCAUGCCGGGCUGCUCCUGGCCCACCUGGCUGGCUUGGUGCUCUUUGCACUGCACCGAUGGCACAGGUCCAAAGAAAGCAUCCUAUCUCUGCUGAAGGAUCCAGCCGAGAGGAAGCACCCGUCCCCUCCCUUGAGCGUCAACAAGAUCAUCUUCAUUCUCUUCUCCUCCAACUUUUUGGGCAUUUGCUGCAGCCGCUCCCUGCACUACCAGUUCUACGUCUGGUACUUCCACACACUGCCCUACCUGCUGUGGUGCACCCCGACCUCCAAGCUCACUCACAUGCCCAAGGUGCUGCUGCUGGGCGUGAUCGAGCUCUGCUGGAACACCUACCCCUCCACUGUCUGCAGCUCCCUCUCCCUGCACAUCUGUCAUGGACUUAUCCUGCUCCAGCUGUGGUACGGCACAGCCCUGCCACCAGCCCUACAGCCCCCCCAGCCCUGCAAGAAGUCCGAUCCCCUCUCCAGGAAGGCAAAGUGAGAGCGCUGGCUGGACAAUGGGAAGGGACUCCAGGUCUGCUCCUCUGCUUGUUCUUCUGCCUGCCUUCCUUCCAGGUUGCU